GGUCAGCCGAUCAUGCGCGAAGCGGCACGGAUCUAGCCUCAAGUGUAACUGACACCAUCUCAUCAUGUCAACUGAAGCUGAAACUCCUACUACUACUAACAGCCAGCCUGAGCAACAGGCUCCACCAAAAGCACAACCUUCAAAGAAGGAAAAAAAGAAAGGACCAGAAAAGACAGAUGAAGCUCUCUUGGCCAGAUUCAAAGGUGAUGGUAUAAGAUACAAAGCUAAACUGAUUGGCAUUGAUGAUGUCCCAGAGGCAAGAGGAGACAAAAUGAGUCAGGAUUCAAUGAUGAAGCUGAAGGGAAUGGCACUGGCAGCCCGUUCUCAGGGUCAACACAAACAGAAGAUCUGUGUGAACAUCUCCCUCUCUGGUAUCAAGAUAAUAGAUGAGAAAACCGGGGUUAUAGAACACGAACAUCCAGUGAACAAAAUCUCCUUUAUUGCUCGUGAUGUAACAGACAACCGUGCUUUUGGCUAUAUAUGUGGAGGAGAGGGACAGCACCAAUUUUUUGCCAUAAAAACCUCACAACAGGCUGAGCCUCUAGUUGUUGAUCUCAAGGACCUCUUCCAACUAAUACAUAGUAUGAAGAAGAAGGAAGAAGACAAGAAGAAUGAAGAGGCAAGUAAAAAUGAGAAUGGUAGUGAAGCACUGUCUGAUGAUCAACUUGACAAAACAAAAUUGGGGGUUGAGCAGAUGAACUUGUUUGGGGAUAUGUCAACACCGCCUGAUAUCUACAGUCCCACUGAAGCUAAAGAGAUUCUGUUAGUGGACCUAAAGUCUGAAAUUGAGACCAAACAGACUUUUACAAAAGAGGAUCUCUUCUCAAAUGGCAAAACAACCUCUCUGCCACAACCAAAGCCACAGACACCCUUCUUGCCUGAGAGUUUUUUCUCUACCAGUCUCAGCUUCUUUCCUGCACCUAAUCCAGACCCUUUCAGUGAUGAUCCUUUUGCACAGCCAGACCAAUCUCCAGCACUUUCAUCUGAUACUCCAAAAUCUGAUGAGGAGCAAAGUCUGAGUACCUUGACAUCGGUGGGUAAUGGUGCUUCAAACGGUGAUGUUGACUACUUCGGUAAACAGUUUGACCAGAUUUCUAAUAGAACUGGCAAACAAAAAGCACUAAUGAGCCCAUGGCUGCUUGAGAGUAAGUUGCCUGCAACAAGAACUCCCAGUGGAGUAUCACAGAAAGAACAGAAUGGCUUUAUUAAAGCCCCAUCAGACCUGCUAGUGGAAGGUCCUUCUCUGCAGAAUGAAGUAAAGCUGGAUUCUGAAAGCAUCCAGCUCAUAUCGCAUAAGUCCAUAACCAUUAGGCCACCACCCCAAAGUACCAAGCCAGGAAGAGGAAGGAGGUCUGUCAAGACUAUGUCAGUUGACUUGUUUAGCUCAGACUUCAUUGUGCCUACUACAGAGAGUCUUAGCAUGACUUCAGUGGCACAAACAGGAUCUGUGCUAUCUAGUCCACUAGACCUCUUCAAAACAAGUUCAACCACAGAGUCUUCAUUUGCUGCUCCAGGUGGCUUGCCAGUAACUCCAUUGCCAUGGAGUAUGCAGAAAGCUAUCUUCAGUCAGGCUCUACCAGCCUUCCCUGGAUCUCGGUCUGCUCAGCCCACAGGAUUUACUCAGACGCUUUCCUUUACUGCUCCAUUAAUGUCAAGCUGGAACCAGUCUGCAUCUUUUGGUCCAACAGCCACUCAGUCCACUGGUGCUUGGGGACAGCCAGCACAAGUUCCAUCUAGUACAUGGGUGCAGCCAUCCAGUGCUGUAAAUCCCUUCCAGAGUAGUGUGUUCCCACCUUCAGUAUUGCCUUCUAUGUCAACACCUAGGCCACCUCAGCCUCCACCUAGAACUGCAGCUCAGAAAGAGCUGUUCAAGAAAGAGAGCGAUGCUUUUAUUGCUCUGGAUCCACUUGGUGGUAGAGAGAUGAAGGAUGUUAAGGAAAUGUUCAAAGACUUCCAGCUGAUAAAGCCACCUGCAGUACCAGCAAAGAGAGGAGAGCAGGAAAGUCUUUCAGAACCACCAAAACCUGUUCCCAGACAAAGUAUGCUACCAGCUGAUGGCCUGCUUGAAAGUCAAGCUAAACCACAUUCUUUCAGUGCUUCAUCUAAUGAAUCUCUGAAACCACUCUCUGGUCCUUUUGGUGAUCCUUUUGGCAACCCAUUCUAAUAGAUCAGGCAUAACCAGAAAAGGACAAGUGGAAUAACU